GGAGGAUUGUCCGAAUUUGUUUCGUUUCCAAUUCCAAAAUUUCCAUUUCCCGAAAUUCAUUUCAAGAGAGAGAAACAAACAAACAAAGACAGACACUUAGAGCGAGAGACACACACACACGGUCGCCGCUUUCGUUAUUGUUUUCUUUCCAACUUCACCACCACCACACCACACCACCUGCUGCUUCUCCAACAAACCUCUUUCUCUUUCUCUCUCCUCCACCUUCCAUCCAUGGUAGUACUAUUCAAUUCUUCAUUGCUCAUUUCAUUUUCUCUUUAUCUUUUUGUUCCGUGUAUGCUUCGUGUUUUUCAUUCGAAUGAUUGGAAUUAAGAGUUGUAUUGUAUUGCUGCUGAAUCAAGACUUACUUGAUUGAUUCAAUUGAAUGCUGUUGUGGAGGUGGUAUGACAGAGACUUAUUUUCGGGGAUCUGGUCGAAUUGCGAAGAAGUUGAAGCCGCGUUUGUUGGAUUCGGCGCCUCGAGAGAAGGUUAAUAAUGAGGCGGUGGAAAGCGGAGACAAGUUUGAUGAAAUGCCUGAUUGUGUUGUUCUUCAUAUUUUGUCGUUUAUGGAAACGAAGGAUGCUGUCCGGACGUGUGUUUUGUCGAAAAGGUGGACGAAUCUUUGGACUUCAAUUCCGUGUUUGAAUUUCAAUAGUAAAUCGUUUGCACGGUUGGCUGAUUUCAAGAAGUUUGUUAUGUGGGUGCUUUUCCGCCGAGAUUCAUCUGUUGUGAAAGUUCUUACGUAUUGUCGUGCUGGAGUGGAAUAUGCGACGGAUCAAAACCUUUUUAAUAAGGUCAUUGAUCACGCGACGUCACAUGGCGUUGAAGAAAUUAUAGUCAAUCUUCGGGCAAAAGCCGUUGGCAGCCCGCCCGUUGACAUUCCUUUGUCGUUGUUGAAGUGCAAAACCUUGAAAAGGCUUGAGUUAAAAGAUUGUCAUCCUACAAAACCGGAAUGGCCCGUAAUUUGCAUACCGGCGAAAAAGCUGUUGCAUCUGGAACAUUUUACGAUGGAUACAACUGAUAUUUCAAAUUCGUUUGCUAGUUUAGCAAAUCUUUUCGGUUUUGCAACAUUGACGACUUUGAAUCUAAGCAACUUGACUCUGUGUUGCACGGAAAACGAAUCUCUGAAUCCAUUUGAAAAUUGCGUCAAUUUGAAGAAUCUGCAUUUGAGAGAAAUUUGCUUUAAGUCGGACUUAGUCCCUAAGGAUUUCGUGAUAUCUGCGCCCCAACUCAAUAACAUGACUAUGUCGUGCACCCGUUUCAAAUGUAAACUCGUUGUUUCUGCGCCAAAGCUUAUCAAUUUCAGCUACUUAUAUGCUUCUUCUUGUGCCUUCUUUGAGUUUAGUAUGCCCUCUGUCGAUGCCUUGAUCAUUGAUAUCCGCGAACCAAAUUAUCAAUUGAAAGAACCUCAUCAGAGGCCGGGAGAAAAGUCUCCUCAUGGUGUGAUCAAUAUGGUUCGGGAACAUCACGAUGCCGAACUCUCCUUCUCUACCGCUAUGGUUUCAUGUGGGACUACCGUCAUCAUUCCAAAGGAAGGCUGUUCACCUUUUAAUGAAUGGAAAUCGGUGAAUUUGCGAAUCGGGUCAACAUACAAAAUCUUCAUCAACAACUUUGACCAUAUAACUGCAUAUUUUCGAAGUUGCUCUAAGCGUGACGACUUUGAGAUUUUGCCGAUUUAGAAGUUGAAGGAGAUUCUGGAGAGGAGAUUCUGUGUACAAGUUGAGCAAGGAUGAGUGGUUGGCUGUAUUUUGCAUGGGGAAGGAUUUGAAUAUACGCCAAAUAUUUGGCAAUUUAUAGAGAUUAGAAACAAUGGAAUAUAAAUUUUUAUAGAUUUUGGUCUAAAAAUAUUGGUUAUUUGGUUAUUUUUUAUGAAAUUUAUUUCUUUGGCAAA